AUGGCAGUGGAUUUGUACACGGGCAGAAGAGUUGGUGGUGGUGUAAUUGAAACCAGCUCUCUGAGCACCACCGGCUGUACCUGGAGGGUGAUCAGUGACUGCCUCUGCUGCGACAGCGAGCACUGGGGACCCCACUGCAGCAACCGCUGCCAGUGUCAGAACGAGGCCCUCUGCAACCCCAUCACGGGCGCCUGCGUCUGCGCAGAUGGGUACCAAGGAUGGCGCUGCGAAGAGCUCUGUGACCCUGGGAGCUACGGCAAGGGCUGCCAGUUUGAAUGCCAGUGUCACAACGGAGCUACCUGCGACCAUAAAACCGGAGAAUGUCACUGUGCUCCCGGAUACACAGGGGUAUUUUGUGAGGAGCGCUGUCCCCCGGGCAGCCACGGAGCUCAGUGUGAGCUGCGCUGCCCUUGCCAGAACGGGGGAGUCUGCCACCACAUCACCGGAGAGUGCUCCUGUCCUGCUGGAUGGACGGGACUGGUGUGUGCACAGCCGUGUCCUCCUGGAACAUUUGGAAUUAACUGCAGCCAGGACUGUCCAUGCCACAACGGAGGACACUGUGAUCCUGUGACAGGAAAAUGCGUCUGUACAGCUGGCUAUAUAGGAGACAGGUGUCAAGAAGAGUGUCCUGUUGGGACCUACGGCUUUCAGUGCACACAGAGAUGUGACUGCCAAAACGGUGCCAAGUGUUAUCAUGUAAAUGGAGCAUGUAUGUGUGACCCUGGAUUUAAAGGGAUUUAUUGCCAAGAAAGAAUGUGUCCAGAAGGGUUUUAUGGGCUCAAAUGCAACAAGAGAUGUCCUUGCGAUACUACCAACACUCUCAGUUGCCAUCCACUGUCUGGGGAAUGCAGCUGCAAAGCUGGCUGGGCUGGACUCUACUGCAACGAAACCUGUCCCCCGGGGUACUACGGCGAGGGCUGCCAGCUGACCUGCCCCUGCCAGAACGGCGCAGACUGUGACAGCAUCACGGGGCAGUGCGUGUGCGCGCCGGGAUAUAUGGGCGAUGACUGCACCAUUACCUGCAUGGCAGGAACCUACGGUACCAAUUGCUCAUCGGUUUGUAACUGCAAAAACGAUGGUGCGUGUUCCCCUGUGGAUGGUCUGUGCUACUGCAAAGAAGGGUGGCAAGGAGUAGAUUGCUCUAUUCCGUGUUCGAGUGGAAGCUGGGGUCUUAACUGUAACCAGACGUGUUCCUGCACAAAUGGAGCAGCCUGCAGGCCUGCUGAUGGCUUUUGUCUCUGCUCGCCGGGAUGGCAAGGGGACUACUGCGACCAGCCGUGUCCUGAUGGAACAUAUGGUCUUAAUUGCAGUGAACGUUGUGACUGUAGCCACGCAGAUGGGUGUGAUCCUGUCACCGGUUACUGCUGCUGUCUUGCGGGCUGGACAGGCAUCCACUGUGACAAUAUAUGCAGCCAGGGCCGCUGGGGACCCAACUGCUCCAUCUCCUGUACCUGCGAGAACGGGGGAUCCUGCUCGCCGGAGGACGGCACCUGCGACUGCGCGCCAGGAUACAGGGGACCCUUGUGCCAGAGAAUUUGUCCCCCUGGUUUUUAUGGCCACCACUGCAGCCAGCCGUGCCCUCAGUGCGUGCACAGCAGCGGCCCGUGUCACCACGUGUCAGGACACUGCGAUUGCUUGCCUGGAUUCUUCGGCGCUCUCUGCAACCAAGUCUGUCCCAGUGGAAGAUACGGGAAGAACUGUGCCGAGGUCUGCCAGUGCACCGAGAAUGGGACGUGCAAUCCUAUCGACGGAUCGUGCCAGUGUUUUCCCGGCUGGAUAGGGAUGGACUGCUCGCAGACUUGUCCCAAUGGUUUUUGGGGCCCUGAUUGCUUUCAUUCAUGCAACUGCCACAACGGAGCGAUGUGCAGCCCCUACGAUGGAGAAUGUCGAUGCACUCAUGGUUGGACCGGGCUCUACUGCACCCAGCGUUGCCCAGCUGCUUUUUAUGGGAAAAACUGUGCCAACGUUUGUCAGUGUCAGAACGGGGCGGACUGCGACCACGUCACCGGCCAGUGCACAUGCAGGACUGGAUUUACGGGCAAACAGUGUGAGCAAAAGUGCUCACCAGGAACAUUUGGUUACGGAUGCAAACAGCUGUGUGAAUGCAUGAAUAAUGCUACGUGUGACCAUGUCACGGGCACUUGCUACUGCAGUCCAGGCUUCAAAGGAAUCCGAUGUGAUCAAGCGGCUCUUAUGAUGGAAGAAUUAAACCCCUAUACUAAAAUUAGCCCUGCUCUUGGAUCAGAGAGGCACUCAGUGGGAGCAAUCAUUGGAAUUAUUCUUCUUCUUCUAAUUAUUAUGGUCUUGCUGGCACUGUUUGUGUGGUAUCGACGGAAACAGAAGGAGAAGGGCCAUGACAUGCCAAGUGUAUCUUACACUCCAGCCAUGAGGAUGACUAAUACAGAUUACUCACUUUCUGAUACAUCUCAAGGUAGCGGCAGUGUACAUUGCUUUUCCAACCCCAGCUACCACACUCUCUCAUGUGGUGUGACUUCGCGCUUCUUUACCAGUAAUCUGGAUGGAACCAGCUCCAGCAAG